CUGAUUGUCCAAGCUAAUGUCCAACUUAGAUAUGUGUGCUCGAUCCAUAGCUUACUCUUUUUGCAAAUCACCUUGUAUCUAUAGCAAUUGGACAGUAUACAGAUACAGUAUAUAAUGAUAAUAAAUACUGGUAUACAACUUAUUAUUAAAAGGUAUUAUUAUAAUUAUAAUUAUUAUUAUUAUAUACUGUAUCUGUAUACUGUCCAAUUGCUAUAGAUACAAGGUGAUUUGCAAAAAGAGUAAGCUAUGGAUCGAGCACACAUAUCUAAGUUGGACAUUAGCUUGGACAAUCAGAAACAACACUAUCUGGCUGGCGAUAAAGUAUCUGGCUUAUUGCAAUUGACAAUACUAGGGCCGGAAGGUGCGCCCUACCCGCGCAUAGGGCUGGUAUGUGUGGCCGAAUCCAAAUGGGUUGAGAGCGCCGGCACUUACUUCCACCGCGAGGGACAGGAGUACAAAGAUCAGCGGACUUACGUUGAUUUGGCCUACAAAAUGCCCGCAUAUUCCGACAAGUUCACGGGCCCCGGUGAACAUGUCAUACCAUUUGAGUUUACUUUGCCGGACGAAGGUAUUCCCGCAUCGUUUGAAAGCCCAUACGGAUCGAUACGCUAUUACAUAACCGCCAACAUUGACCAGGCGCAUAAGAUUACUUAUAAAUUUACCGUGGACUCACCUAUGCAAACUAAUUUUAAAGUCUCGGUGGGUGGCAGCGUUGAAAAGGUGUUAGCCUUUCCCAGCAUUGGCGGUGGAAUUAUAAGACUCCAUACUAGCUUGGUGAAAAAAGGAUUUGCUCCGGGUGACACCAUUGCGCUCCACUGUACAGUCGAGAAUCAUUCGACGGUUGACGCCACCCCUCGGGUCACGCUAUACGAGACUCAGGUGUAUAUGUGUGGCGAACGGCAUAAGUCACUGCAGGGGGCCGUCGCCGGACCGGUAUUGGGCCACACAGUCGGCCAACAAACCUGUGACACGCAGACUGUGUUCGUCGCCAUUCCCGCCACCGCCUCCCUGUCCAUCAGGAGUUGGAUCGUAAGCGUUAAAUACAUGAUACACGUGACCCUCGACAUACCGUACACUCACGACAUGCACGUAAAUCUGCCGGUUGUUGUGGUGAAUAAGGAGGCGCUUGUUGAACAGGACAAACCUAUUUUUAAUAGCAGCAAGUAGGAUUAUCUCGUAGGCAUUUAAUGCCCGAUAUAUUCCAUAUAUGACCAGAUAUUGCAUGUUAUACCGUAUAUGCGUAUACGGUACUAGUUAUGUCAUUAAGGUGCAGGGACCAUAAUUAUUAUAAUGGUAAAUAUACUGUAUUUUAUUUAGAUUGUAUGGUGAUUUUAAUUAAAAAUAUUUGUUGCUUACUUAUUUAUCUAAAUGAUUGUUUUUUG